GUCGACUGCCUCGCGAGCUUCUGGGCCCGCGGGGGGGCGCUCGAGCUCCGUGCGCACCUCCUGGGGGCGGACGCCGUCCUGUGGCAGGCCGCGAAGGAGAAGGCCACCUUCGCCGCCAGGGGCCGCGUGCUGCUGACGCCGCGGCCUCCAGAGCUGUGCUCGGUCAGCCUGCGGCAGAUGCGCGAGAUGUACCUCGCGAGGGAGGACUGGUUCCAGGCCCUCCGCCAGUGCAGGUCGACCAAGGAGUACGGCCGCCCAACCAUGUACGACGUCAGGGAGGAGAUCAUCGAGCCCCUGACGCGGCAGAGCGGCCUCGCCUUUGCGGAGCUCUACCCCCCGCAGCCCGCGGAGGUGUUCGCUGUGCACGCCUGGUCGCAGGAGUUCGGGGACCUCCUCGCGGCGCUGGAGCUGCACGGCAGGGAGACGUGUGCGGGCGGGGACGACUGGCGGGAGCGUGGCUGCUGGGUGUGUGCCUUCGCCGUCUCGCAGCACGCGGUCGAGCUCGGGGCCACCCUGCAGCGCUCGGCCUUCUACGCCGCGAUGUCGUCGAGCGCAUGCACCUCGGCCGCCGUGGUGAUCGACGGGGCCCACCGCUUCUUCUCCCGCAGCUGGUGCCUCCUCGAGACCGCGUGCGCCCUGAAGCUCGGGCUCACCGUCGACCUGUGCACGUCCGGUGGGAUGCUGAACCGGCUCUCGCGCAGCAGGCUGCAGAAGGAGCGCGAGCAGGUUGCGCGCCUGCUCCUCCGUGCGGACCCGCAGGCGGCCUCGGCGGCCGAGGAGCAGGACGCCGCCUGGAUCGCCGCCGCCAGCGAGGGCGCCGAGGUGCGCCGGGCGCUGCGGCAGCUGGCGGGCACCGCCUACGGCCUCGGGGAGGUCCUGGCGCCGCUCCAGGACCUCGUGACGCGCCAGCCUGUGAGCCCGCUGCAGAGCGAGCUGCUGGCGCCCGCGACCGUGGUGGGGGAGUUCGGCGGCGCGGGCUCCUCGGCGGAGCUGGCGGGCUCCGCGGCC